CCCAGGCAUUCCAGCCUGAAGUUAGAGGACGUCAAGUGUUACAAGUGCACCUGAAAAUAUCCACUAGUUUAGAUGAUAAUACCAAAUAAUUGGGUUUGUCCAUUUUUCAUCACAUUUGGAGCAUGUAUGAUAUUAGCAACUGUCGCCUGUUGUCUGUUUCACUUGAGAAAGACAAGAAAUCGGAAAAAAGAGAUAACAGAAUGGGUGAAUGCCAUGAAAUACGGGGGGAAAGUGUAUCAUCCAUUAUUGCACUGGAUUAAGAACAAUAGUGACUUAUCCAUUAAAACAAGAUUGUAUUCCACGGGAAAUGAGGAAUGCAAGAAAAGAAAGGUUUGGAAAACUCGUGCCAUAUUACCUGUGAGAUAUGCAAAGAAAGUGGAGGAACCAGGUAUGCUUAAUUGUGAAGCAGGUGACUGUAAUGGUAUGCAGGUUGGAAAUAAGCCUUUCCCCAAGUCACCAGUGUACGUUGCUUCUGGUGAAGCUAGUUACCUGCAUUUUCAUACUAACAAUGAAGGAGCCAACCAUAGGUCUUUUUUUCGUGAGAAAUCGCAACAGCAAGUCUUUUCAACCCCUCUCUUUGGGGAUGAAAAAGUUUCUGAUUGUCACAGAUAUGUGAUGAAAACUGAUGGACAGCAGUCUCCCAUACCUUGUCCAGAUAUAAGUGAUUCAUUGAGCUCUUCAGACAACCCAGAGUACUCAGCUUCUAUUUCAACUCAACGGUCCGAUUUAAAGCCUGCAAAGCAUGAGGCAUCAACCGUGACAAAGGAGCGGUGUCAGACACCAACAUUGUCAGAAUCAAACUCAGAUACUCAGAAAUCUAAUGUUUAUUCAGUCCCUUUGUGAAAUUGUUUUGUGUUCUUUUAAAUUCUAAAUGCUCACAGUAUUGGGUAUAAUCAAAACCAGUUAACUUGCCAACUUAUGGUGUUCUAAAAAAAGUCUCCACUAUUUCAAGAUUCCACUACUCCCACAGCUGAGUAAUCAGCAUGUUUUUUGAUCCAUUCUUCCCUCAAUCAAUUCCAGCUCUGUCAAAAGUAUUAUCUUCAAAUUUUACUUUGUAAUUCAGUAACUUUCAUGUAGUCUGAUUCACAUCUGGUGUGGCCUAUUCAAGAACUUUCAUGCACUUCAUAAGAUAUAUUUACUUUGGCUUACAUGUAUACAAGUUAAACAGCUUGUGUUUUUAAUGGUUAGUUUCAAAAUUAAAGGACAUUUUGAUUUUUAGUGCAGCAUAAUUGUGGAUUGAAGUGCAAAUCUAUUGUUUCAAUAAUAAAUACAAUUCAAUUCCUUUUGAUCCAAACUUAAAUGUUUAACACUGUUUCUUUAUCAUUCUAAACUGGUAGGUGCAUUUAGACAUGUAUUAUCUCCUUUUCAUGCUUUAAUUCCAGGGCAAGAUGAAGUGUUUUAAAAUGUUUUCUAAUCUAAAGUAAUGUUUGCCUCCAUCUGUAGAAGAGGGAUUGUUCUAGAUAGGAGUAAGCCUAGACUAGUUAUCCAGAGAACCAGGCUAUUGCUCAACAAGAUGAGUUUGAAUCCAAUCUCAAAAUGAAGAAAUUUGAAUUCAAUUAAUUGAUAAAUGUGGAUGCUAAUGGUGAUCAUGAAACUAUUGUAAAAAUUCAGCGGCUUCAUUGAUGCCCUCUAUGGGGAAAGAAUGAUCUGGUCUACAUAUAACUCCAGGCCCACAUCAAUAUAGUUAACUCUUAAAUUGUCUAGCAAGAUUCAGUUGCAGCAAACCACUUCCACUAAGGAAUGAAAUUGGAAGGACCACCCAGCAUGUAUAAUAGCAACGACCUCCUUACUAAUAUCUAGGUGCCAAUUCAUUCACUCCACAUGAUGUCAAUAAAUUCCCAAAGCCCCUGAAUACUGCAAAGUCUGGGAGGCUUGACAACAUUCUGACAAAAGUACUAAAUGUUUGUGUUCCAGAACUAGCCACACCUCCAGCUCAGUUCCAGCAUGACAAUACAACUGAUGUUUGAGAAGAUAGAAAAUCACCCUGGCAUAUCCUGUCCACAAAAUACAGGACAAAUUUAACCUAAUUAAUUACUGUUUACCUGUCUGCACUUAAUCAGCAAAAUGUUG